UUUUACUAAUAGACUUGAAACAAAUUAACCUCAAAUUUACGAAGAUCAAAGUCCUUACAAUGAUUUAGCGGAUGAGUUAGCUAAACAAGAUCACUUUAAUAACGCCAACAUUGUACCUAUAGACCGCGAUAUAAGCAAAUACGCCACUCAUGUAUCCGAAGCUUUUACAUUUAAUUCUUACACUCACAAUAAACCACUACAACUCAUGCUUAAUCAUUUUCAACGCACCGACAUAAAUUGGAAUUUAACACGCAUCACGAAAUCAUCCUGGACAAAGUCUCGGACAAUACCAUCACCUAUUUCCUUGAUGAAGAUAUUAACUAUACUCCGAUCUUCGACUCCGAACAUGAAAUUUACCUCCUCAUAAACCAAUUUAUUCCCAUUUCACUUUCGGAUUUAUUACACCGAUAUUUGCGGAAAUUUUCACUAGUCAAACAAGUGUUAACUUCAUUCCUCACUAACAUCAUGG